CUGCGUAGAUCGGUGGUUGACUUCCGUUACGUUGUCUUGGAUCAAAAGGGGCAGUGUAGGCCAUGCACACCAUGAAAGGAACAUGACGUAAUGUGAUGAUGAGGUGGUGCGUUGAGUUGUGUUCGGUCGAAACAGAUGGGAUUAGCGUUGCGAGUGGCAGCUAUUUCAGUAUUAACAUCAAGUGGUAGAAGUACCUAUGAUUGCAUUUCAUCGGAACAAAGUGAGGCUUGGGAUGAUGCAUGUCUUUAUCCUGCCUUCGUCGUGUUCGUGUUGGUGUUGGAAUCCGGUCCGUCCGUUCGUGAAAUGCACUUUCCUAUCUCGUCCGUGAAGCAGAAGCUGUUGGUGCAGCAUCGAAACCGUUCAGUCGUCCCUCCAGGGCUGUGAUAUCGUUUGCAAUGCGUUUGGCCCACGUCUCCCUCUAUUUAUCAUGUAAGGCCAAGAGAGCAAACCUUCAGUCCUGAUCUUUCCAACGCCAUCAACACCCGA